AUGCUUCUCCACUGCAGACAGGAGCUGAGGUCUACGCAGCCCGUGCUGGACCAGGGACCUGGAAGUGCCCCCAGACUGAGCCAUCACCACCCCUGGCGCCCCCGCCGCUGGCAGAGCCCGAACAGCAGGAGGGGCUGUGGAGCUGCACACUUCUUCAGCGACCUGUUCACCUUCUGCGCCAACACCACCAUCCAUGGCCUUCACCACCUGGUCAGCUCCGGCCACAGCCGCCUCCGCAGGGCCACCUGGGGCCUGCUGCUCCUGGGCGUCCUGGGCGUCCUGGGCAUGCUCUGCUGGAAGUGUACAUCACACCUGCAAGAGGACUGGGACCGCGGGGUCACCAUGACGGUGUCUGAGCACUGGGGCAGCAAGCCGGCCCCAGCAGUCACCGUGUGUGACAUGAACCCACACCGGCCCAUUCGCCGGCACCUGGAGGAGCUGGACAAGUUUGUGCGGGAGAAUAUCUACUCUCUGUACAAGUUCAACUUCACCGAGGGCCAGGGUCCCUCCAGGAGCACCCUCACAGCCAACGACCGGAGCCCUGCGCCAGCCUUCCAGCUGAACCAGAAGCUCUGUCGGUGGAGGCUGAGCGAACCAGACAGCCAACACAAAGUGGGGGUCACCCUGUGCAACAGCACAGGGGGCGACUGCUUUGACCACAAGAAGGCCGUCCAGGAGUGGUACCACUUCCACUACAUGAAUGUCUUGGCCACCACCCAGGGGCACAGCCACCAGAGCCACUUUGUCCUCUCCUGUCAGCACAACUGGCAGGAAUGCCCAGCUAGGAGCUUCAAGACCUUCUACCACGCUGUCUACGGCAGCUGCUACACCUUCCAGGACAUCUUGGCAGCAACACGCCAGGACAUUGCCCAAGGGGUCAGCCUUGCGCUCAGAGUGGAGCAGCAGGACCACCUGCCCUUGCUGUCUGUGGAGGCCGGCCUCAAGGUUUUCAUCCACGGGCGCGACCACACGCCCUUCCUGGAGCCCCGCAGCUUCAGCAUCCUGCCAGGCACCCAGACCACAGUCAGCAUCCGAGAGGAGGAGGUGCACUGGCUUCGGAGGCCCUACGGGGACUGCGUGGACAGAGACAAGGGCAGGGUCUUGCAGCUGCUGUACAACACAUCCUGCACCAGGCAGGUGAGCCUGGGGCGGUGUUUUCCGCAGCUGAUGAUCAAGAACUGCUCCUGCGGUUACUCACUACCCCUGCCGGCCGGCGCCCAGUACUGCACCUACGCCCAGGCUUGGGGUCACUGCUUCUACCACCUCUACCAGGAGUUGGAGACAGGAGGCUUCUCCUGCCUCUCUCUCUGUCCCAGGCCCUGCAAGGAGAGCCUGUACAAGCUCUCCAUGGGGUCCUCCAGGUGGCCUUCGCCCAAAUCCGCUGGCUGGGUCUUGGCUGUAUUCGAGGGAGUCCGGAACCAGAGCCAGAGUUCAAGAAGCGGCAAUACCAGAGUGAACAUCUACCAGCUAUCUGCCGGCUGCCAGUAG